AUGCUUGCAGCGCACACAGAGCGAGACGAUGACGCAAGAGGUGGUGCAUUGAAGGAUCGGAGGAGUGGUGACGACGACACGACGUCUGAGGGUGGCAGCUUGGCCGGCAGCGGCAGCGACGCGACUGACGACGAAGCGAAUACCAGCCGAAACGAUAAGGGCAAGGGGACGGCUGCCGAGGAGGAUGAGGAGGAGGACGCCGACGCCGAAGAAGAUGACGAGAAUGACGAGGAUGAAGACGAGGACGAUGAAGACGACAGCGAUGACGAGGACGAAGAGCCGCGGCUCAAGUAUGCCCGUCUGACGACGAACCUCGGCGGCCUGUAUCGCAACGGCGAUGCGACAAGCGCUUUUCUCGUCGCCGGCGACAAGAUGAUCGUUGGAACACACAAUGGCAAUAUCCACGUUUUCCAACUGCCGACCUUUCAACCUUUGCGCGUCUACCAUGCCCACUCGGCAUCCGUCACCGCCAUCUCCAUCUCACCCUUUACGCCGCCGCUUCCGACCCUCAAGAUCGAGCAGAUCAACCGCAUCGUGGCUGAGGGCGGCGCCGGUGGCGGCGCUUCACGGCCUGGCUCGUCGCACGCGUCGCCUUCGCCCAACGCAUCGCCACGCAAGGCGCGCGAGCCGCCACCGAUCCUCAACAUCCCUUCCAACAACAUCCACAUUGCCACCGCGUCGACGGACGGCAACGUUUGCAUCCAGUCACUCAUCGACAUCAAGGACGUGCAGCUGCGCAACUUUGGCCGCCCCGUGCAGGCCGUGGCCCUCUCCCCCGAGUACCGGCAGGACCGGACGUAUCUCUCGGGUGGUCUUGCGGGCAACCUGAUCGUGACGGUCUGCGGGCAAUCCGGGCGCAGCACAUCGACGACGGUGGGCACGGCGGCGGCGACGGCGUCGGGCUGGCUCGGCAGCAUGGGCCUCGGCAACAACGCGGGCCGCGACACGGUGCUGCACUCGGGCGAGGGCACAGUCAACAACAUCCAGUGGUCGGUGUCUGGGCGAUACGUGGCGUGGCUGAACGAGCACGGCAUCAAGAUUAUGCGUACGCGCCUGCAUCUAGACAGCGCCGAUGCCGAGGGCGCGUGGAAGCGCAUUGGGCACGUGGACCGGCCACAGACGGAGGAGUGGGACACGAUGGCAAGCGUGUGGAAGGGCCGCGCGCAGUGGAUUGACGAGACAAUGAUCGAUGCCGACGACGACGUGGCCGGACAAGAGAUCGGCGCGUCUGCCGAGCCGGGCAUCUCGUCGCCCGCAGCUGAGGUGCUGAGGCAGCAGCAAGCCCGCGAUAGUAAGGCUAUUGAGCGGCUUCUUGUCGGCUGGGGCAGCACUAUCUGGAUGGUGCAUGUCCACGCCGGUCGAGUCAAAACCGGCAAGCAUGCCGGCGAGCGGUCCGUUGGCCACGCCGAGAUUGUCAAGAUCCUCCGAAUGGACUGCAUUAUAUCUGGUAUCUCCCUUUACACGCAAAACUUAUUACUUGUCCUUGCCUACACGCCUGCCGAUCCUGAGGAGGACGAGGACGAAGGGGGGCACCAGGCGGCAGGUAAAUCCAAAUCAACGUACACACGCGGGCACAAGGCGAACAAAUCGACGGCGUCGAGCAGCAGCGAGCCCACGGGCGGCAUCCGGCGACGACAGAACAACAACCCGCCAGAACUGCGACUCAUCGACCUGACUUCGCAGACGGAGGUGGACAAGGACGUGCUGAGUGUGAGCCGAUACGAGCGGCUGUCGGCAGGCGACUACCACUUGAGCGUGUUGCCCGCACAGACGGCGGCAGCAGCAGCAGUUUCGUCCAAGGGCGCGCUCGAGGCGAUUGCCGGACUCGGCGCGGACAUGUGGAACGCAGCACUCAACCCCAGCAGGAUGCUCUUCAGCUCGGGCCAGAGCGUCAAGAGCAAGGACAGCAACGAAGGCACGACAACGGGGAGCUCCAAGGCGGCCAGCAUGGCCAGCACAUUGCGGGUGCAGUCCCGCCUGGGCGGCUUGGGCGGGCCGAGCGUGCAUCCGUCGCUGGCGACAACCGGCAUCAAGAUUUUUAUGCACAGUCCGUACGACUGCAUUCUCGCGACGAGGCGUGACCUGUCCGACCACCUUGCUUGGCUUCUGGAGCACCAGGAGUUCCAGCAGGCGUGGGAACUGGUCAACGAGAACCCGGAUGCGGUGCCUUCGUAUGCCGACCGAUCGUCUGACCUGGGCACGAUGACGCCCGACCAGUCGACGCAGCCGACGCAGGCGUCGGUCGACUUUUACCCCGACGCGGUGCUCGAUGCCCUCAGCCGGGAGGCCAAUGCGCCGGCGGAGCGCGAGAAGCGGCGCAUCGGCGAGCUGUGGAUCAAGGAGAUUGUCGACACGGGCGACUGGGAGCGGGCGGGGCAGGUCGCGGGCAAAGUGCUGCGCAGCUCGGACCGGUGGGAGAAGUGGGUGUGGACGUUUGCGGGCGCAGACCAGUUCGACGCCAUCACCAACUACAUUCCAACGGAGCCGCUGCACCCGCCGAUCCCGCGGACCAUCUACGAGAUUGUGCUGGGCCACUACUUGAAGCAGGACAAGCCGCGGUUCCGCGAGCUGCUGGAGCGGUGGCCGACCGAGCUGUUUGACAUCAACACGAUUGUGACGGCGCUCGAGAACCAGCUCAACUACCGCGACGUGCGCGAGGACAGCGUCGAGGACGGCGAGCGCGGGCGCGACUGGCGCAUCGUGAUGGAGUCGCUGGCCCGGCUGCACGAGGCCAAUGGGCGGUACCGCGAGGCGCUGAAGGCGUACAUCCGGCUGCAGGACGCGGACUCGGCGUUCCGACUGAUCCGCGACAACCACCUGGCCGACGCGGUGAUUGACGACAUCCCCAGCUUCAUUGCGCUGCGCGUGCCCGCCGGCCGCGCCGACAAGAUGACGCGCGCCGAGCUCGAAGAGGCGACGGCCGAGGCGAUGGCGCUGCUCGUGGACGAGGCACAGCACGGGCUGGUGCAGCCGGCGUCGGUGGUGGCGCAGCUGCAGGCGCAGGACCUGAACCUGUACAUCUUUCUGUACUUCCGCGGGCUGUGGCAGGGCGAGGGUCUGCGGGAGCACCAGCGCGAGUCGCACGACCGGCUGGCGCUCGAGAGCAAGGCGCAGCUGGACGGGUUUGCGGACCUGGCGGUGCAGCUGUUUGCGCAGUUUGGGGACCGCGCGCUGCUGAUGGAGUUCUUGAAGGCGUCGACGUCGUAUUCGUUUGAGCAGGCGGCGGCGGCGUGCGAGCGCCACAAGUACAUCGACGAGCUGGUGUACCUGUACUCCAAGACGGGCCAGAUGAAGCGCGCGCUCUACCUCAUCAUCGACCGGCUCGGCGACGUCAGCCAGGCGAUUGCGUUUGCCAAGGAGCAGGACGACCCAGACCUGUGGGAGGACCUGCUCAACUACAGCAUGGACAAGCCGCGGUUCAUCCGGGGUCUGCUGGAAGAGGUGGGCACGGCCAUUGACCCGAUCACGCUGGUGCGGCGGAUCCCCGAGGGCCUGGCGGUGGAAGGGCUGCGGGACGGGCUGCAGCACAUUAUGAAAGAGCACGAGAUCCAGCACAGCAUCAGCUCGGGCGUGGCGCGGGUGCUGCGCAGCGAGGUGGCGACGGCCCAGGCCACGCUGCGGAAUGGACAGCGCAAGGGCAUCCGGUUCGAGGUGGUGGCGCCCAGCAAGGUCGCCCCGGCCGUGUCCUCCCCGGUGGCGACGGCCACCAUCGAUGCUGCCGACGGCGACGAAAAAGAGCAGCCGGCCUGGACGCCCGGCCACUGUGCGCGCUGCCUCGAAGCCUUUACCGAGUGGGACAGGGACACGCUGGUGGGCUUUGCGUGCGGCCACGUGUUCCACCUGACGCAUCUGUUGGGCAAGUCGACAGCCGAGGUCGAGGAGCUCGGUUUCGGCGUGGACGACGAGCUGAUCAGCCGGCACAACAUUACGGCGACCAAGAUCAUGCAUGCCCGGUUGCUCAGGGACCACGUCCGAGACGGUUGUCCAGUCUGUGUCAAGCCGACGGCGGUGGCCUGA